UGUUAGCCAAGCAGAAAUCGUUAGCGUAAGCUAUUUUCUGUAUUUUAUUCUUACAGAACAUGGAAAUUCCGAAGGUUCAAGAAAAAAACUAUAAAUCUGUAGAUGAAGAUGAAUUGGAAGAUCUGAUUUUUAAAGAGAUUGAGGAAAUUAAUCGGUAUUCUGUGGCCAAUCAGCUACGGUCGGGUUUCUUUGGUAGGGACGCCAGCGUCCAAACAAAUGUGUCUGAGCUGCCACUGGUCAAACAGCUAUCUAAUGGAACAGCAGAACUUGUAAAGGCGAUGGACACACUGAAGAAGGAGACGGCGUCGAGAAUAGACGCUCUGCAGGCUCAGUUUGAGUCCCGGCUGCAGCGAGAGGCCGAGGCCUUCUUCAGCAGAAUUAAUUACAGAGUCAAAGCCAUUGAGACUCAUCACAAAGAGGUCGGCUGUGCACACCGCUGCUCUCUCAAUAAAGUGAACAUCCUCAGAAACAGCUUUCAACAGCAGCUGGCCGAUGCAAUAGCAGUAAUUAAGGCCAGCUAUAAGACAUACUAUAUGAAGAAAGGUGCGGUGUUGGAGGUCGUACCUGCUGAUACGGGACGAGAGCAGGAGCAUUUAGACGAGAUCCAGGAGAAAGAUUUUCAGAUCGAGCGGCUGAAAGAGCAGCUGAGUGAAUAUGAGGAACGAGAGAACCGAGCCAGACCAGCAGAUGAUCCAGAGAAAAGCUGGCUGAAGGCGGAGAACGCCAGGCUGAGACGGGACGCCGACGCCCUGCGACAGGAUCUGGCCAACAGAGACCAAAAGCUGAAGGAUUUAGUUUUGGAUCAUUCCAGGAUGAGAUUAAAGGCGGAGGAUGAACACAAGGCCCUGCAGAAGAUGCUGAAUGAUAAAGAGGAGCUACACGUGCUCUCGAACAUGGAGAAUGAAAGUACCAGACAGACGAUGAUCAGACUCAAACAGGAGCUGGAGAAACAGAUCGGAGCUUUAGAAAACUCCCGACAGAGUGAGCAGGCGGCUGAGAUUUGUGGUUUUGCUGCUAAUCAGAGGACGGCCGAUGAGACGAAGCAUGAAGCGGAGCAAGAGGAGCUGCUGAUUGGUCGAGAGUCAACAUCCCAUCCAGCAAAGGAGCUUACAGAGGAACUGGAGAGACUGAGAAAGGCAGACGCAUCACAGAAGGAGCUCAUCGACAGGCUGCAAACACAGAUCAUCAGGAACAACCACACCUGGGAGAGGAAGUUUGAGAUUCUCAAAAAGAGUUUCCACGCCAUCAAGGACGAGAUGUUCCUGCGGCACAGUCUGCGGCGCCAGGCCGCCAUGCUGCACCAGGCCUCGCUCAGCUACACCGUAGACGUUCCUAUCGUGUGCCAGGGACAGACCCAAAAAAAGGGCUCCAAAGGGAACGCCAGCUUCAAAAACACCCUUGUGUCGUGUAAAGGUGCAGGAGCGCCGCAGGGAGCGGGACACGCCCAUGAGACCGGGGAUCUUCGCCUACUGACAGGACGAAGGACGGACGUCUUCGCCUACGCAGGUUGUCGGUUAGCGGGCGUCGACGUCGACAGCGAUGAAGAACUGGGAGACGUUCUGUCCUUCCCUCCCCCUCCGAACAGCCAGGACUCCUCCUAUAGUUCACCUCAAGUACCAGAUUCUGUUCCCACAUACGAUCCACAUCGAGAAUAAACGUCGAGUUUCAUUAAAAUACCAAGAACUGAAUAUACAGGGGUGUGAAUAAGUAAUCGCCCCCUUUCCCUAUAACAAAGAACUGAUUUUCCAUCAGUAAAAGGAACCCAAAUAAAAACACAACACAUGUUAUUAUAAA